AUGCUCCCUGUUCUCUCUAACCAGAGUGAGUCUGAUGUUCAUAUGGCGUUAAUGUGCUUUAAGCAUAAGUUACGCAGCCAAAUGUGCACUGGUGCUCUUGCCGACUCAGCGGACCCCUCUGGACUAGCACAGGCUCUGGCUGGAGGUGGAGCAGCUGCUACUAGCGGCUUGCUCUUCUCUGACUUUCAGCCUUCGGCCGCAGCGGAUCUGGAUUUUUUCGUUGAUGGUGGUAUGAUCCAUGUAGCCGACACUAAGGUAGACCGCCGAUUUUCGGAGUAUUUCAUCCGGCAGGUUGAAAUGCUGCAGCAAUUCGAAGGAAAAGUUGAUCGGAAGGAAUUCGUUAUGUAG